UUGCUACGGUCUGUAAUUAUAAUAGCUCUUCUUAUCAUUCAAAUUGUAAAUAAAAGUGAAGCAAUGAUACCGGCCUACUCCGUCUCAGCACUACGACUAGCAUUUGACGAAAUAUCGACAGUGUUGCCAGUUGCAAAUCAAUUAGCAUGCCUCCUAAUUCCUUUCCUUAUUAACUUGAUUAACAAUUUAAAUAACUUGUCUAACAUAGUUCAAAAUUUGACGCCAGCGAUAUUGCCAUACUUUGGUUGCACUUUGCCUCUACUUUACGCUACUUUGACAGAUCUAGCUUCAGUCUUAUUUUUAUAUAUCAGUGUUUUGAUAUCGCUAUUUAGGUCAAAUGUUUUGGCAGCACCAGGCCUUUUGUUGGGACUUGUUUUAGAAAUCCUUAAAUUAGUUUUAAGUCUGCUUACUGGCCUUUCAGACGGUAAAGGUUUGCUGACGGCCUUGAUUAAACUAAUUAAAAAUAUUCUAAUUGAACUAGAGAAAUUACUUAUUUAG